ACAACACAAUGAAACAAUGUAUUGUGGGAGUGUAGUUUGAAGCAUCUGUAAACUGAGUUGGUGAUAUCGCGAACGAGACUUCAAUGACCAGAAACGUACUCUUUUUGCUGAAGCUGUACGGGCUUGUUCGUGAGAGUCGCCCGGAACUAGCAGGUGCGAAAUUUCCCUGAUCUUUUAAUGAUAUGGAUAUAUUUUGGUCAGUUGUUUGUAAAUCAAAGUGAUUUGAAGAUCGAAUAAUCUGCUCAGCGCCCCGCUUUUGUCCUCUCGUCAACCAGCACUGUCUUGUAAUGUUUACUUCUUUCUUGCUUCGGCGUGUCCUUUUGAGCGCUUGUGUAGCGGACUGAUGUAGUGUCUAAUGUUAGCUAAAUAAUUUUACACAAACAAUACAUAGGUUGGAUAGCUUUAUUCAUACGCUUUAUUCACACGAAGGAUGUCCAUCGUGCACAAUCGAUGUAAAUACUCGAUGUGAAUACUCCCAGGUAGUUACAGUUAUAGUCGAGAACGAAGUGCGAGCAAGAUCCUCGUUCAUGAUGGCGAUGUUUCGCAGUUUUGUGUCGGCUACUCAUCAGCUCAGGCAGCACCAACAAAACGGGGCAGCUGCAGCUGCCACUGGCGAGAGCCUCGAGAGCCAGUUCUCCUGCCCAAUUUGCCUGGAGGUGUAUCAUAAACCUGUCAUCAUUGGAAGCUGUGCCCACACGUUCUGUGGGGAGUGUCUGCAGCCCUGUCUCCAGGUCACCUCUCCACUCUGCCCUCUGUGCCGCAUGCCUUUUGACCCAAAGAAGGUGGACAAGUCCUCCAGUGUGGAGAAACAGCUGUCCAACUACAAGGCCCCCUGUCGGGGCUGCAGUAAGAAGGUGUCUCUGGUCAAAAUGAGGUCACACAUCUCCUCUUGCGCAAAGGUCCAGGAGCAGAUGGCCAACUGCCCAAAGUUUGUGCCUGUGGUCCCCACUUCACAGCCCAUUCCCAGCAAUAUUCCAAACCGCUCCACCUUUUCAUGCCCAUUCUGUGGAGCCCGCAAUCUGGAUCAACAGGAGCUGGUCAAACACUGUAUGGAGAACCACCGCAACGAUCCCAACAAAGUGGUGUGUCCGGUAUGUUCAGCCAUGCCUUGGGGGGACCCCAGCUACAAGAGCUCCAACUUCCUCCAGCACCUGCUUCACCGGCACAAGUUCUCCUAUGACACGUUUGUGGACUACAGUAUCGAUGAAGAGGCGGCACUACAGGCAGCUCUGGCUCUCUCCAUGGCAGAGAACUGAGAGUCCUCUGAGUCCCCCAUUCUGCUGUCUGGGUACGCACUUCCAUCCUGACACCCCACUAGCUCUCUUUCUUUCUCUGGAUCCACUCCAUAUCCAGCCCCCUCCACAGCCACCUCACAGGGAGAGUUUGGAAGGACUUGCCCUGGCCUAGACUCCCACUCUGGGAGAGCCACGCAGGGCUUAUCUCCUAACCCUGUCCUUGAUCCUCUACCUGGCCCUUCCAUCAACUCUGCUCACCUGCUUAACUCGUCAAGGCCCAUUACCAUUACAUCAUAUCCUAUUAGCCAGUAUCAGCCCCUUCACUUCCUGUAUACUGGGGAGGAGGGGAGCUUGGCCUCCAAUAAAUGUUGCAAUUCAAAAUCACUGCAAUGCAAAACAAUGAGUACAGCAUGGCCAUUUUUGUUAUUCUGCAGAAAGUAUGAAGGUUCCCAAAAAUAAGGAUUUAAGGUAUUUUCUUUUACUCUUUAUUUUUCACUGUUCAAAUUAAAUGUUUUCAAACUCCAGGAAAAAGCCAUCACAUUACACACAUUCUGGUAAAAGUACCACAGAUUAGUUCUGUUAAAGUUUAUUCUCAAGUGCAUCGUUUGAUGGCUUUUUGAUUAAGAGGGACUACAGUUGAAUGGCUAGACCUCAUUCUCAGUGUGAUAACCUUACCACUAGGUGACAGUCUAGACCUGACCAGUUAAACACAGAGAGUGAGGUCAUUCUUACAUCCCCAUCAUGACAACAACACACUAACAUUUGCAACGCGAAUCAAAACAAACUAUCCCUUUUUGUAUUCAGAGUUCUUGUAAAUACUUGCACUUGUCACAUUUUUCUACAUAAUUGAACUAUAGAUUGUUCUUAUUUCAUAGUUAAGAAACAGAAUUAUAGUACUGCAUUUAUUCUUCACACUGCUGUUACUCUGCUGAUAUUUUUAUGAAGCACCAGACAAGAUAAAAUAUAUUUUUGGAAAAUGUUUCUGUUUCAAAUGGUGUACAAAUAAUAAGAAACAUGUUUAUUGGAGAUAUGUUUGUGGUUUUAACACCUUUUUCAAAGUACCCAUUGGUACUGUACUGCUGGCAUCAAACAGUUGUUUGCAGGAUUUUAGGGCCUAUGUGUAAUACACUGUCUCAAACACAAGAGGGCACCCCAGUCUCAAAAUAGACCGGGCACAUGUCUAUAGUAAUUUAAGUCAGUCUUACUCCAAGUCAUCAUGUUUAUACCCAUGCACAGUAUUCUGUUUGGUUUAGUACCCACUAGAAGAAGUGUUUGAGUAGUAGUGUACCCGUUGAGCUAGCAUUGAUCUAUGGAGAUUUAAGAUGAUGUUUUGGUUCACUCUGAUGAAGGAUGCCUUAUAGGAAACUGGUUAGAUUGUAUAGCGAGCAAUGGAGGAAGGUAUGAUGUAUUGUGAUUACUUGUUACUAGACUGACUAGUACAAGUAUAAUGGUCUGUCCAUUUGUGUUUUUCCUUGUUUCCGAGGAGAAUUGUACAUACGGUAGAGAAUGCAACAUUUUAGGUUUAGGUCCCUGUGGUAACUAAAAAUGAGAAUGUAUUCGUUUUUUAUAUCUUUUCCACGGGAAUGCAUUGAAAUAUUGCACUUUAAUAAAAAAAUAUAUAUUUAGAAAAAGGGCAGAAUUAUUCGUUUUUUUAUUAUUGUAAUUUGCUUUUUUUCUUCAUUCCAAUAUGUACAUUUCAUGAUGGAUGAUCAUGUAAAUUGUGGCUGUUUUUGUGUAAGAGCAGAGGGAAUGUUAAAUAUUAUCCCAGUCAUGACAUGGUGAUGUUUUGGAGUACUGGGAUGGUACAAAAUGUACAGACAAUUUGUCUGUGUCGUUAAUAUUUUAUAGAUGGGUAUAUAUUGUAAAACCAACUGAGAAAACCAUCCCAGAUGUACAAAAGUGUGGCAAACAAAAAUUGACUCUCAGCUUAGUCAAAGUGUUCCUGGAGAUAAUGCAUCCUUAUUUGAUAGACAUCGACAUGUUAUAUAUUUUUGGUGUUUAAAUGUAUUGUACUGGUUGGUGGCACAGUAUUGACAGGAGUGGCCAUUAGAGAAAAACUGUCAUCACCAUGAGAAGUCCUGAGUUUCUUCUGGGGCAGCAAGGAAUUGUUACGUAUCUUUAAUUUAGUAAUUUACUCAACCUUUUUUACUACCUAAUGAUGCUAUUUUAUAAAUGUUUGUAAGGUAAAUGGUAUUGUAUGUUUAGAUCAACGUUCAUGUGCACAGCUGUAGCCUAACAUGUAGAGUUUGUAUGGAGUAUACCUGAAAUGUAUACUUUUCACUCUGUGUAUUGUUGCAUCCAUGCAUAAUGCCACUGUAUUGUGCAUCAUCAUCCCAGAUGUCCUGCUUGUGGUCAGAACCAGCCCAAUCUCUGUAAAAUAAACUCAAUGUUGCAGGUCACACACUGAUAGACCACCUGCAACAAAGACAUACACCAAAAACAGGGACAGAAAAAAAGGAAACUAUUUUAUAUGAACUUUGUUGGGUCAUUUUUGUCAAGAGGGCCUUACUGAGACUGUCUGUUCUGAACUUGGUAAGGCUGACAGGAAAAGACUUCCAUAAAGACUGGUAUCACAGCAAUCAGAGAAGACCGAGCCUGUGUCUCUGACUGUGUCCCCCAGGACUUGGCUGCCCUGGGAGUGUCAUGUAAUGUCACUCAGUCUAGACACAGGCUGAUGUUGUCCUCCCUAGGGGGGACUGAGCUACAGUCACUUGAACCAGGAAGUUUCCUUCAGAGCCACUGUACCCUAGAUACCCACCAUGGGGCUUUGGCCCGACAGUCAGGGCCUGUGUGUGUUAAAUGUGAUUUAUGCAUUCUUGAAAAAUAGUAAUAAUACCAGUAAUAACAAUGGUUGAUUGUUAGCAUCAUAAUGUGGAUAUUUAAGUUCUAACACUGUUUGAAUUUUAAUAACAUAUUGUAUUUGUAGCAGAUUUUUCCCCCUCAAUAAAAACACUGACCCAUCCCA